CUCCCUUUCUCCAGAGCAACUACAUCACCAUCACAUAGCGCGACGUCAAUUGCACUACAUCUUGUAGUAAUUCCGCUAUGCCGCUUGAGAGCAAGACAAUCGCAAGAGCGGGCGACAAAAGGCGGCGCGACGAUGAGGUUCCUCGCGAUGAUCGCCCCCAUCAACUUCGUCGACUACAUGGCUCACAAUAUGAGUCGGAUCCCCCGCCUAGUGCAGGAGACUUCGCCGCUCUACAGGCUCGAGUCGAUGCAAUUGAGAAACAAUUCUGCAGCCGCCGCCAUCUUCCCAGUGAACAGGACGAAGUGCUAAUGCUGACGCCAUCGGAUGAAACACAUAUCAUUGAUGAUCAGGAUAGUCGAUCUUCGCUAAGCGCCCUGAGUAGGGAGACACAGUCCCUACAUGUACAUAUCAACGAUGCCUUUCCAGCUUCGGCUUUUCUCGACGGCGAUCGAUUCCAUACUGAAGCGUUGCUUGAAGAGCUGUACCGACCAAAUUUCCCAAUACCUGAGGCUAUCCUAUCGCUCGUCAAUGAAAGCGAUAAGAUCAAAAACUCCUGCGACGAGUAUUUCAAGACCAUUCACAUCUGGUUUCGGUUCAUAUCCGCCAAGAAACGACUGGAAGCUCCAUUCGCUGAAAAUUGUAAGCCGGACAUAGUCGCGCUUGCUCUAGCAAUGAGACUCACGACAUCCGACCCUGAUGACAACAUUUGCAGCUACCUGUAUAACCAGAUCAAAGGACUUUUGGACACGCUCGUGGCUACAGGGGUUGUAUCACUGCCACUUCUUCAGGCAAUGAUCCUUGUUACACUUUACGAAUAUUGCCACGCGGUCUACCCUGCCGCAUGGAUGAGUAUUGGAUUAUGCACUCGGUACAUUGAACUUGUGGGCGUAUCCUGGGCAACAAGGGAAACGGCUUUCCAUGGAUCAAUAGACACCGUUGCGCUAAGAAAACCUGCAUUGACUGGACAGACACAAUGGUUCGAAACAGAUGAAGAAGAGAGAAGGAGAUCAUGGUGGGCCGUCUUUAUACUUGAUAGACUUAUGUCUAUCGGGAGCAAGCGUCCAUGUGCAAUAUCAAGACUUCAAGAAGAUGUUAAACUUCCGAUGCAUGACGAUAAUUGGGAAUCUCCCGGCUACGACAUACUUGAGGACUAUGAGUACGACUGGCAGCCGGUAGUCUCUGCAGAACACUCCGGGUUCUCACGACUCUGCGAAGCCGCCCUUUUGAUUGACAGCGCACUUGUACUAUCUCGCAUUGAGGGCACACUCGAUCAGGUUCAUAUUGAAGAUAUCGUCAGCCAUUCAAAGAAAAUUCUAGAAUGGAUCGAUGCCAUCGACCAGGAGUCAAAAUCUGUAACCGGUACCGACCUUACUCUUCGACUGAUCGGACCUCGCUUCGCCGCUCGCUCGGCUCUGUUCCUUUGCGUCAAAAAGCUCACCUUGCGGGCGAAGGUCACCCCAGACGGCAAAUACCUACUGAAGCACCCUCACGGGGACGAAUCAGAGAGUAAUGAAGUGAAGAAGAUACAGAGAUGCUCAGCAAGAGUUAUCUGGCAGUCGAGCCUGGACAUACGAAACAUUUCGAAAGCACUCUACAACCAAUUAUUUGAUGGGAAUGAUCCCAUCGGGAAUUUGGGUAUCGUAUCGCCGUUCAUACUUGAUGCGGUGUAUAAUGCAUCCUCCAGUCUCCACAGACUCUCAGCCGAUGGAGCUAGCAGCCAGUCAUGCCAAUCUGACGUACUGAGUUUAACGACGUUCUUGGAUGAGCUCAGUAUGCGAUGGAGAUCUGCAAGAGAAUACAGGAAGAUGUGUGAGAAGCACCUUGGCAAUAUGCCAGGACUGAUGGAAAAGAAUUAAUCGAGUUGAUGAGUACCUUACUGAAGGGUGGGCGAAACGUAUAUAUCAAUUGGUUUCGGGGGAGAACUGCUCAAUAAACUAGACGACUUGCCCUUUCCCUCGGUUACUAAUACCGAGCUUCACCAUUCCCUGCUCACCACUGUCUUAUUUACCUUUCCAUGACUCUUCAAAG